AUGCCAAAAGCUCAAUGGUCUAUACCAAUGCCAAAUAUUUUAGGUAUCAAACCUAAUCGAUUAUAUAUUACUCAACUUCAUGAUGAACUAAAUAGAUAUAAAGUAAAUUUUGAUCUAAAAUCAACACAUACACAAUUAGUUAAUCUUUUAAAUGAAACAUUGAAAACUCAAACUAAACAAAUAGUAGAUAUGACUUCACAGCAGCUAAAUGAAGAUAGUAGAUUAGGAUUGAGUUUUUUAACCAAUGACGGAAAUACACCUGGUAAGUCACAUUUAUCAGCUGAAGAUAUGAUGAGAGAAUUAUAUAUGGCUGCAGAAAUGGGACAUUUGACAAAAGAAAAAAUAUCACAGAAAGUUGAUACAAUUAGAGGGUAG